CCGCUAGGGGAUAAAUACGGCACGCAGGAAACUCUGGGUGGACAGACACUCAAUCACACAGACCACCGAUUCAAGUUAGCAGAGAGGAAAGCUGGGAGAGGAGGAGAGCCAUGGCGCCCAGCACUGACAUCGUGCCCAACGUCCACAGCGCUAUCGACAGCAGCAACAAGACGCUGCUCAAGAGCGACGCCCUGUACACGUACAUCCUCGACACCACCGUGUUCCCCAACGAGCACGAGUGCAUGCGCGAACUGCGCCUCGUCACCGACAAGCACCGCUGGGGCUACAUGCAGUCGUCGGCGGACGAGGCGCAGUUGCUGGGGAUGCUGAUCAAGAUGGCGGGGGCCAAGAAAACCAUCGAGGUGGGCGUCUUCACCGGCUACUCGCUUCUCGCCACCGCGCUGGCCCUCCCCGCCGACGGCAAGGUGGUGGCAAUCGACACCGACCGCGAGUGCUACGAGGUGGGCCGCCCCUUCAUCGAGAAGGCCGGCGUGGCGCACAAGGUGGACUUCCGCGAGGGCCCCGGCCUCGACCGCCUCGACGAGCUCCUCGCCGAGCAGGACGACGGGGCGGAGCCCUACGACUUCGCCUUCGUCGACGCCGACAAGCCCAACUACGUCAAGUACCACGAGCAGCUGCUUCGCCUCGUCCGCGUCGGCGGCACCAUCAUCUACGACAACACGCUCUGGGGCGGCACCGUCGCCAUGCCGCCAGGCACGCCCAUGUCCGACCUCGACACCAGGUUCUCCGCCGCCAUCAGGGACCUCAACGCCAAGCUCGCCGCCGACCCGCGCAUCGAGGUCUGCCAGCUCGCCAUCGCAGACGGCGUCACCAUCUGCCGCCGCCUCGUCUGAUCCCGUCGCCCCGGUGUGACGAUCACUGUGCGUGCCACUUCUUAUUAAUUUUUUUUUUCAUCAGCGCGCGCUAGCGUGUGAAGAAGCGUCUGCUGGUUUUCAUUUCAAUAAGAUUUUGGGAGCUGAGUGGAACUUUGAGUGCGAUCAAAGAGUUGUUGUACUGCUGCUAUAGUUGUACUGUACUUGUUCCGAAAUACUAUGGCGACUUUAUGUCAGUUCAGGUUA